UUCUCUUAUUCACAAACUUCAGAGAGAGAGAGAGAGGAGUCGUAGCUGAUCAUCACCCUCCAUUAUUGCCAUGGCUUCACAGCUUCACUUCGUUUUGAUUCCUCUAAUGGCCCAAGGCCACAUGAUCCCCAUGAUGGACAUGGCGAGACUAUUUGCAGAGCGGGGAGUAAUGGUCACCAUAGUCACUACUCCCCUCAAUGCUCUUCGCUUCAACUCCGUCAUGCACCGGGCCAUUGAAUUCGGCCUCCCCAUUCGUCUUCUCCAACUCCAAUUUCCACAUGCAGCAGCAGGCUUACCGCCAGAGACGUCUGAGAAUCUGGACACCCUCCCCUCCCGAGGUUUGGCCAAGAGCUUCUUUGAUGCCACCGAAAUGCUCCAAGAACCACUACAACAAUCGCUCCAAGAACUACGACCCUCACCCAACUGCAUUAUAUCCGACAUGAUUCUCCCAUGGACAUCUGAUAUCGCCCACAAGUUUCAAAUACCCAGAAUCAUCUUCCAUGGAACCUGUUGCUUCUCUCUCUUGUGCAUCCACAAUAUACAACACCACAAGGUUCUUGAGAGCAUCACCUCCGACUCAGAGCCCUUUGAGGUGCCAGGCCUACCAGAUCGAAUUCAGCUCACCAAAGACCAUCUUCCCGGAACUGUUACUCAGACCUCUUCGGAUCUACAAGAUUUUCAUAAUCGUAUAAGAGAGUCUGAACUAUCGUCCUACGGAGUGGUGGURAAUAGCUUCUCCGAACUGGAGCYUCGUUAUGCCGAGGAGUACAAAAAAGCUAAAGGAAUGAAAGCCUGGUGUAUUGGGCCAGUGUCAUUGUGCAACAAAGAGUUGUUAGAUAAGGUGGAGAGAGGUAAUAAGGCCUCAAUUGAUGGAAGCCAAUGCUUGGAGUGGUUGGAUGCUAGAGCUCCAAAGUCUGUUGUCUAUGCUUGUCUAGGCAGCCUCUGUAGACUGAUUCCUCCACAAUUGAUAGAGAUUGGGUUGGGGCUAGAAGCAUCAAACCGCCCAUUCAUUUGGGUAGUCAGAAACAGCAAUGAAUCCUUUGAGGAAUGGUUGUUGAAGGAAGRUUUUGAGGAGAGGACCAAAGGAAGAGGUCUCCUGAUUCGGGGCUGGGCGCCUCAGGUAUUAAUCUUGUCUCACUCGGCCAUAGGUGGCUUCUUGACACAUUGCGGGUGGAAUUCAACACUGGAAGGGGUUUGUGCGGGUGUGCCCAUGAUAACAUGGCCUAUGUUUGCAGAGCAGUUCUGUAAUGAGAAGCUGAUUGUACAAAUUCUCAAGAUUGGAGUCAGGAUUGGUGUUGAUGUCCAAUGUAAGUGGGGAGAGGAAGAGAAGGUUGGGGUGCUGGUAAGGAGAGAACAAGUGGAGAAGGCCAUAGUCCAGUUGAUGGAUGGGGGAGAUGAGGCAGAAGAUAGAAGACAGAGAGCAACAGAGCUCAUGGAGAUGGCAAAGAGAGCAGUGGAAGAGGGGGGAUCUUCUCAUACCAACAUCACACUGUUGAUCCAAGAUAUCAUGAAUCAAGUAGUCAUUCAGAACAAACAGCCACUGUAAUUGUAUCCUCACACACAGGUAAAAAAUUAUGGGCGAAAAGCUUAAGCCGUUAAGUGAAGUCUCUGAAUAAGUUUUUAUUCUCUAAUAUGUCCCCUCAUUUG